UCCUCCCAUUUCCCAUAAUUCAUUGCGGGAAUCCGUUCACUGACAUGACAACUGCGGCUUCGUGGAGUAUUUCUACUGUAAAGGCUCUCUGGUGAUAUACACGUGGGGAGUUUGAACACAUCGCUACCUCGCUAAAGAUCCAAAACUGAUGAUGACGAGUGAGGACGUGGAGCGGCUGUUGAUCCAGUUUCAGGAUGAAGAGGGAGAGGUUCUGGGUUCACCUUUUGAUGUGCCUUUAGACAUCACCCCAGACAAACUACAGCUCGUUUGCAAUGCACUGCUACAGAAGGAGGAGCCAGUGCCACUGGCAUUUUUUGUGCGUGGAGAGGCUGAGGUGGUGUCCAGUCUCGGGUUGUGUGUGCAGGCUCUUGGGGUCGAGACAGAGCAGGUUCUGCCAGUGGUGUACCAGCCUCAGGCUGUGUUCAGGGUUCGAGCUGUGGCCCGCUGUACCAGCACGCUACAGGGACACACAGAAGCUGUCAUCUCAACUGCUUUCAGUCCCACCGGCAAAUAUCUGGCCAGCGGUUCAGGUGAUACCACAGUGCGUUUUUGGGACUUGACGACUGAGACGCCCCACCACACUGCCAGAGGACACACUCAUUGGGUACUGAGCAUCGCCUGGUCACCCGAUGGCAAGAAGCUGGCUUCAGGUUGCAAGAACAGUCAGAUAUGUCUAUGGGAUCCAGUGACGGGUACGCAGAUGGGGAAGACUUUGACCGGACACACCAAAUGGAUCACUUGGCUCAGCUGGGAACCUCUCCACCUUAACCCAGAGUGUCGGUACUUAGCCAGUAGCUCUAAAGACGGUUCAAUACGUGUCUGGGACACUGUGUUGGGACGCUGUGAGAAGAUCCUGACUGGACACACUCAGUCAGUCACCUGUGUGAAGUGGGGAGGAGAUGGACUUCUCUACACUUCUUCCCAGGACAGAACGGUCAAAGUCUGGAGAGCCAAAGAUGGUGUCCAGUGCAGGACUCUGCAAGGUCACGCCCACUGGGUGAACACCCUGGCUCUCAGCACAGACUACGUCCUGCGCACUGGAGCUUUUGAACCUGCAACUGCCACGGUCAACCCCCAGGACCUCACUGGAUCAUUGGAAGAGCUGAAGGAGAAGGCUUUGCAGAGAUAUAAUAAAGUUAGGGGUUCAGCUCCAGAGCGCUUGGUGUCUGGCUCAGAUGAUUUCACCUUGUUCCUGUGGAACCCUGCAGAAGACAAGAAGCCUCUGGCCAGGAUGACCGGCCACAGCGCUCUGGUCAACAAAGUGCUCUUCUCCCCAGACACCAGGCUCCUCGCCUCUGCCUCAUUCGACAAGUCCAUUAAAAUCUGGGACGGACGCACUGGAAAGUACCUAAUGUCCCUGCGUGGCCAUGUGGGAUCUGUGUAUCAAGUGGCGUGGUCGGCAGACAGCAGGCUGCUGGUCAGUGGCAGCAGCGACAGCACACUUAAAGUUUGGGACAUCAAGACUGGGAAGCUGAACAUGGACCUGCCCGGCCACGCUGAUGAGGUUUAUGCAGUGGACUGGAGUCCUGAUGGACAAAGAGUGGCCAGUGGCGGGAAAGACAAAUGUCUCAGAAUAUGGAGAAGAUAACCUCACCUCUGUUCCCCUUCCUGACUCUGGCAGAGGAUUUCACAUCUUCUACUAUCAAGAAGCCUGGUAGCUGGAGCAAAGGUGGCAAGACUACCUAAUCCUGUCAACAAUGGCAUUGUGUCUAGAACCUCUAACCUAGUCAUGAUGCAAAUGCCCUCUCCAGGUUUGAAACCCAUGUGUGAAUAUUAACACUGUAAAGGUGUUUAGCGGAGUGGGAAAUUAAAAUGGCAGAGAUUAUAAUCCUCAUAAUUUCCAUCAAUUGAGAUAAUUUACAGUUACACUGUAGUCAGCGUUAGCAUCUCAAAUCAAAACGGUUUCCAUUCAUGUACAUAUUGUUUUGUGCACAUCAGGGGCCCUGACAUGUAAAGAUCUUGAGUCUCAUUUUAGUGCCACGCCCAUAUGCUGAAACCACAAACAAUGUUAUGUAUUUAUAAAUGAAUAUAUAACUUCAAUUUCUGAAUACAGAAUAUAGUCACAAGAAAUGGAAUGAGAUGCAUACGUUGAGAGAUUAAAAAUAAACGUUACUAGAUGAACUAUAUACUGCAGGUGGACCAGCGAGGCAACAGGUGGGAGCAUUUAAUACCUUCCUCUGAUGUUAAUGCCAACGGCGCUCGUCCUGCACCUUCAGCCUUUAAUCUCCUCUUUCCUGCGGUCAGCAAAGCCUCACCCGGCUGAUUUUUCUGCUGCUGCGGUGACGCCAAGUGUCAACAGCUCUGAUCUCUCUGAAUCUCCAUCCCACUGAGGAAAACCAGGUUCACUAUUACAGUAAAAAUAACCUGUUUUAUUUUCUGUAUUUAACUGGCUUUGUGAAUAUUUUGAUAUAAAUAAAUAUUUACAUCACAACUUUUACCUUGUCAGACAAAA